AAACCCCCCACGUCGCAAUGCUUCUUCCGGCCGCCGCCGCCGCCGGCGUUCGCCGCCUGCUCUCCCUCUGCCCCGUCCGCCGCAUCUCCUCCCUCAAGGUACCCUGGCGCCGCGACGCCGCCCUCGACGCCGCGAUCCUCCGCGACCGGCGGUACCGCCUCGCCUCCCGCCUCGUCCGCGAGGUGCUCCUCUCCCCCGGCCGCCGCCUCCUCCUCCGGUACCUCUGCAAGCGCCGGCAACGCAUCCGCCUCCCGGUGCUCGUCCCGACCUUCCUCCGCCGGUACCCCACCCUGCUCUCCGUCUCCCCUCCCCCCAGCCCCUUCGCGUACCCUUCCCCGCAGCUCCGAUCCUUCCUCGAGUUCGCCGAGCGCCUCCACGAGCUCCACUCGCCGCUCCUCGCCUCCAAGCUCGCCAAGCUCCUCAUGAUCUCCUACACCCGCGCCCUCCCCGUCGCCAAGGUCGCCGCCGCCAAGCGCGACUUCGGCUUCCCCGACGACUUCCUGACAUCGCUGGUGCCGAGGUACCCUCACCUCUUCCGCCUCGUUGGAGAUCCCGGGCCCGAUGCGUCCGGCGAUGCGUUUCUUGAGCUGGUUUCGUGGGACGACCGGCUGGCGAAGUCGGCGAUUGAGUUGAGGGCGGACAAGGAGGCUGAUGUAGUCGGCAUACGGCCGAGGCCCAAUUUUGCUGUUAGAUUGCCCCGGGGAUUCUACCUCAAGAAGCCGAUGAGGGAGUGGGUGAGGGAUUGGCUUGAAUUGCCAUAUGUUUCGCCAUACGCGGACACGUCUGGGCUGCACCAGGCAUCACCAGAAGCAGAGAAGAGGUUGAUUGGUGUUUUACAUGAGGUGUUGUCUUUGUCUGUAGAGCGCAGGAUGGCUGUACCAAUUAUAGGGAAGUUCUGCGAUGAGUUUAGGCUGUCAAACGCGUUUUCUAAUGCGUUCACGAGACAUCCGGGGAUAUUCUAUAUAUCGUUGAAGGGUGGGAUCAAGACAGCGAUUUUGAGGGAAGCAUAUGAUGAGAAUGGUGAGCUUGUUGAUAAGGAUCCAAUGAUUGAGCUGAAGGAGAGAUUUGUCGCAAUCAUGGAUGAGGGUCACAGAGAGUAUUUGGAGGAAUUGAGGAAGAAGCGGGAAGAGCUGGAGAAACAGAGGUUGCAUGAGGCUCAUAGAGGUGCCAAAGUUCAAACUGGUAUUAAGGAUCAGAUGGAAGAGGAAGACAUUGAUUGGUCAGAUGAAGACGAUGAUUCAGAAGGAGAGGCCCUCUGACUUGUGCAUGUUAUUUCUGUUGUGCUGCUAGUGUGACCAGGAGAACAAUGACCAAGUUGACUCUGCAGAAAUGGAAAGGGUGCAGAUGCGUUUCUUGUAGAACAUUCGCAAUCCAUCCAUCAAGACUCCAGGAUAUUCAUUGUAAGCCUAUCUUCAGAACCACUCCUUUCAUUGAACUAUUUAAACUUGUUUGCAUCAUGCCAUGCUUUAGACAAUUCUACAUGUUUGUAAUCUGAAACAACCAUAUGGAAAAGUUUCCUUUGUUGAGCCAAAUAUUUGUUUAUUCACCAUGAUUCUCAUAAGGACACUGCGCACAUUACACUGCAAAACAUGAAACAUCAAUUAUGAAUUAUGACAACCUAUUAAAAGUAGCUUAAAUUUCUUUUUAGAUUAGGAUAUAUCAAUCAUAUCCCGCUUUUUUUUCCCAAACAACUAGGAGCAUUUUACGUGUAUUUGUUCCUAUAGCAGAUAUUUCUGGUUAUCCAAUUGUUGAGACUUUUGACAGAGUGUAAGGCCAGAACCAAAAAUUUCUCAAGCCUAGGGCUCAACUAGUGUAAUUUCCAUGAUGCUACCUUUAUCUUCUAUGUUUUGAAGUGUAAUUUCUGAUGGAUAUUUAGGCUCAGGAGUAGGGCUGCACCGCUAGCUACCCUACUCCUA